GUGACACUUCUUUUUUUCUUUCUUUAAAAUGAUUCAUUAUUUCCACUUUCUCUAUGAUCAGAGUCCCAAAAUGGACUUUGCAUUAGCUUCAACUUUACCACCAGAAUCUUCAUUUUUUCACCAGAAAAUAAAUCAACCCAUUAUUCUCAAUCAUAAAUGGAAAUGGAAUACACAAAUUCCAACUUCAGAUAUUAAGAGUAGAACAAUUACAAUGGCAUUAAAGAAGACAAAAAUAGAAGGAAUAAGUGAAGCUCUUAAUGAAAUUGCUUCACAAAAUAUGGAUCAUGCUCCUGCUAGAAGAAGAGUUAGAUCAGCUUUUGUUAAUGUUCAACAACAACUUGAUCAUGUCUUGUUUAAGAUGGCUCCAGCUGAUAUCAGAUUAGAGGAGUGGUAUGAAACAAAUUCGAAAGGCCAACAGAUUUUCUGUAAAAGUUGGCUGCCAAAGCCGGGCAUACGAAUUAAAGGUGGUUUGUGCUUCAGUCACGGAUAUGGUGAUACUUGCACUUUCUUCUUCGAAGGUAUCGCAAAGCAUAUAGCUGCCGCUGGCUACGCCGUCUAUGCUAUUGAUCAUCCCGGUUUUGGUCUCUCUGAUGGUUUGCAUGGAUAUAUUCCUGAAUUUGAUGGUAUAGUUGACAAUGUCAACGAACGGUAUCUGAAGAUUAAAGGUAGGCCAGAAGUUCGAGGGCUUCCCCACUUUAUAUUUGGACAGUCCAUGGGAGGUGCGAUUGCUCUGAAAGCUCUUCUUAAGGAACCACGUGAAUGGGAUGGAAUCGUCCUUGUUGCGCCAAUGUGUAAAAUUGCAGAAGACAUGACGCCGCCGGUUCCACUUCAGAAAGUCUUGAUUUUCUUGUCUAACAUUAUGCCACAAGCAAAGAUAGUCCCUACGAAAGAUUUGGCGGAAUUGGCAAUCAGGGAAUUCAAGAAAAGGAAAAUGGCUCCAUACAAUGUUAUCUCUUACUCCGAUAAAACACGCGUGAGAACUGCUGUGGAACUCUUAAAUGCUACAAAAUACAUAGAAUCACAAGUGGAAAAGGUGGCAUCGCCGAUGCUCAUUCUUCAUGGAGCUGCCGAUAAAGUGACAGACCCUCGCGUGAGUCAGUAUCUGUACGACAAGUCUUCCAGCAGUGACAAAACUCUUAAGCUCUAUGAAGGAGGCUAUCACUGCAUUCUUGAAGGUGAACCUGACGACCGAAUUCUUACUGUACUCAGUGACAUUAUCUCAUGGCUUGAUUCGCGGUGCUCUUCCAAAUAGGCUUCGGUUUUAAAAAGGUCUGCAUACUGUCUACACUCCCCGGACCCCACUAGUGGGAUUACACUGGGCACGUUGUUGUUUGAAACCAACACCAUUCAUCUAGUUUAGUAAAUUCUAUUUUAGGCAAUAAAACCAAAUUCAUUAUGGGAUAUAGGCAAAUGGCAAUUUUUGUAACUGCUAUUAUUACUGAUAUUAAAACUGCUCUAUUAUUACUCCAUGAAACCAUAGAAACUAGUAUGUACAUUUGCCAAAAUCUCAUGUACAAUUCAUUGUUGAUUCACUUA